UAUAUACCAAAAUGUCAAAACUAAAUGAGAAUUAUUAUCUAAGAAAAUAUUAUCUUAAAAAUGAACAAGUUCCAACUCAAAGUGUUAUGAAGAAUAAAAUGUCACCAAUGCUUGCUAACGUUUAUUUUAAAUCUAUGACGUCGAAAUUAAAAGUACUUGCUGGUCUCGAGCCACCGAUGAAAGGUGGAGGAAGUGACUGGUAUGUACCACCAGCAGAUGUACUAGAAGGAAGAAUAGUAAUGAAACCCCUACACAGGAAAUAUUUAUCAAAGUUAAGUUUUAGUGGCAUUGACUUUUUUGGCGAAAGAAUACUCCGAGAGCACCAUGAGCAAAUGGAAGAAGAAAAACAGAAAACUUUACUAGAAAAUGAUAGAAAUUGGAAACAAGUAAUUGAGAGGAGUCGUUGCCAAUACUGGGAUGAUAUGUCGAAAGAACAAUCUAAGGAAAAUACUACGAAGAUUCAACAGGCAUUUCAUGAAUUUACCGCAUUGUAUGCGACAUCCAUAACUAAAAUAGAAGCUAUUCUAUCUGACGCUGCUACCAAAGAAAUCGAGCGUGUCAAAGAGGCAGCGUUCAAUAAAAUGGCUUCUCAAUAUGAAGCUCUUUUGCAACAACAAGCUACAAUGCUAUAUGACAGAUAUACAAAUAAACUUUUCAAAGAAAAAACUACGCAGAAGGAGCAAUUUAUUUCUGUAAUUGAAAAUUCAAGGACAGAGAUGGGAAAUAAGCUUCAUGAUAUAAAUGUCGAAAAACAUGUUGCUAUUGAAAAACUCCGUAUCAUAUUAGAAUGUCAGAAUUUAGCUUGUCAAGUUUAUGUGGCAUUAAAAGAACGAGAGGAAUGUAAAAAAGAGAUUGAGUUGUCUAAGCACGAGCAUAAAAAGAAACUCAAAGAUUUUGCUGCAAAAAUGCAAAUGCAAAAUUUCGAAAUCAAACUUGCUAAAGAAAAAGAAAUGAGGAAAAAAGAAUUCAUACAGAUAUGGCAAAGAAAAAUUUGUCAUGUUGUAAAGAGAUUUCAGGAGUUUGUGAAAUAUUGUUUAAAUACCUUGCCAGAGCAAGCAGAGUUCUUUAUAAACAUGGAAAAACUAAUGCUUUUACAACUCAGCGAAUCACUAGAAAAUCCAAGUGUUGAAAGCAUAUUCAUUACCGAAGAAGAGACCUUUCACACUCCAAUUCCAAAACCACAUCCAUUUUACCUCUUUUGUGAUAAGGGAUAUAAACAAAAGGUAGAAGAUGAUCUUUGCCCAAAGCAUUGCACCUCUAGUGCAUCGCAGUUGCCUGUAAUUGUUGUUAAUAAAAAAUGUAUUUACUCCGCUUGUGAUAACUUUUAUAACUUUGCUGAAAAAGUGCAACAGUUACUACAAAGUCGACAUGACGAAGAUUUAAUUGAUGACCAUGACUACAAAUUUGAUAUUCCAAUUAAAUGUACGUCGUCUGAGCAGCUGGGGGCAUUGAAAUUGGAGAGCUCCUUAAUGCAACUCUUACAAAAAGAAUUUCCUAAUCCGAGAGAUGUUAAAAUUGAAUGUUGCGUGUGUAAAAUACCCACAUGCUAUUGUGAUAGCCCAGCCAAGAAAGCGUCUCGUAGAGCUAUGGAAGAAUUGAAAGAAAUAGAGACAUGGCGCCGAAAAGAUUUCGGUCCGACAAUAAUUCCAAGAAGUAUUGAGCUGGAACACGAACGCGAGCCAAAAUGGGAAAGUUAUAUACAAUAUACUCGACCCAAAAGAUGUCAAUGUGCUAGGCGGAUUAAAAAAGAUUUGAAAGAACAUCUUCCUGCUUAUAUGCUAAAUGUGUCAACAUACAAUGCGCCAGAUUUGCCGAAUUACGAAACAUGUACAUUGGACAGCCUAAAAAAAUUAGUUAAGAAGAGCCGAGGUAGAACAUCUCCAAAAGUAGAGGCUGUGACAACGGAAUCGAAAACAAGAAAUGUUAGCACGCAAUAUUCGGAUCAGGAAUUUGAAUUACUGUGUACUUGUUUCUCUGACGAAGAAGCAGACAAAUUACUAUACAACUUGACCAAAAAUUCAGAACUACUUCAGAAAAAUGAAUUUAAAAUUUUAGAUGGAUCUGUUUCUUCGAUGCAACUCAACAGUAGCAUCAAUUCUUUUGUCCAUGAUAGAGCUCAUUCCUUGAGACGUUUACUAGAUAAUGCUCCAGAAUUAGAGGAAAUAUUUAUUAAAGAAAAUUGUAACUUUAAUGAUUAAUUUUUUUUCAAUUAAUAUUCAUUA